UCUCUGGUAAACAAGCUGAGCACCACAUCCUACCGAUCUGCUGCUUCGGCGAGCUACCUCCUCACCUCAUUAGAUCCCUUUUCUCCUGCGAGAGCCGCUCACCUCAAGGCCCCCUGCCAUGCCUGCUGCGAACUACAGCCAGCGGUUGGGGAUGAUACAAGAAGGGGCAACCAGCGACCACCGGAGUUGCCACGGUUGUCACCGAUGCUGCGUGGCGCAGCCAUGAUACCAUGCCCAUGCGGUGGUUGGUGCAGUUUCCAGCGGUGCUACAACCGCGGGGCACUGAUGCUGCAACUAGUAGCAAGAGUUGCUGCGACCGGUGACGGAAUUUUCUUCCUGGAGGAAAUGGAGAAGACGGGGGGGGGGGGGGGAUGCCUUGGUGCUACAACCAGCAUCCGGCGUUGCUGGAACGACAACCACCAUUUGCUGCAACCGGCAAUCAUGCAACACUGGAGAGGAUGAUACGGCGUGCUGGAAUCGGCUGUCACCCCGGGCGGCGGCAAAAAGCUGUAGCCAUUCAUUGUUCCAUUUCGGAAGCCUUCCAUGGAGCCCGUGUUCUUCUCACUGGAGGAGGCGAUGCCCGAGCCCGACUCUAACCCCUGCCGGACCGCGUCGCCGCCCCUGGAGGCACACGUGCUCGCCGGAGGACUCGGAGGAGUGGGCGCCGGCAAGGUCGUCGGCGGUGGCGCGACGAACGAGUGCGCGACAGAAUGGUGCUUCCACGAGUCCGUGGACGAGCCGUGGCUGCUCAACGUCCCCACCGCGCCAGUGGCGAACCCCGAAGCUUCGACGCUUUACCCUAAUCCCACGGCCGAGGGGAGCCGCAAGAGGCCGUACGACGUCCAUGAGAUGGUGGGCGCGGUGGAGGUCAUCCCCACGCCGCCUGCGGCGAGCCCGGAGGUGGACCCCGUGGCGUACAACGCGAUGCUGAGACGGAAGUUGGACGCGCAUCUCGCCGCCGUCGCCAUGUUGAGGAACACUCAGGGAAUUUGCCGACAAAGCUCCCAUGACAAUGGAGCAUCGCAAAAUCCAGAUUCCAUCCAAGGCUCGGAAAACCACACCGAAGAUGUCAGUGUGCAUCAACUUAGCUCUUCCUCAUUGGAGCCAUCACCAUCAGAUGGUGAUAUGGAAGGGGAGGCACAAACAAUUGGAACUAUGCAUAUUAGUGCAGAGAAAGCGAAUAAGAGGAAAGAAUCUAACAGGGAUUCGGCGAGACGCUCAAGGAGUAGAAAAGCAGCUCAUACGAAGGAACUAGAGGAGCAGGUCUCACUAUUAAGAGUCGCAAAUAACUCUUUGAUAAGACAUCUUGCAGAUGUAAGUCAGAGAUACAUUAAUAUCUCUAUUGACAAUAGGGUACUCAAGGCAAAUGUUGAAACCCUAGAAGCAAAGGUAAAGAUGGCCGAGGAAACUAUGAAGAGGGUUACAUGCACCAACAAUUUUCCUCAAGCAAUAUCUGGCACAUCUCUCAGGAUUCCUUUCAGUGGCUCCCCAUUGGAUGGUAUCUGUGAUAAUCCAUUGCCAACCCAGAACACCUCACUUAGCUACCUCCCCACUACAACAACAGAUUUUGCUGUGAAAAACAACUACAUCCCCGAGCCAGCUCCGGCGUUCCAGAUCCAUGAUCAAAUGUCUUCGCUACAUAUGCAACCUAUGUCAUGCCUGGAUCAUCACCCGCAAAUGAUGCACAUAGGUAUUCCUACAUCGACACCUACUCCGCAACGGGAAUCUACUACAUUGGAUUCAAAUGAAAUAGUCAACAUGAUGAUGUAGUAGGAAUUAUAUGAGAGACCUGAGCAGGAAUUGUUUUUUUAAUUAUUUUCAUUGUUGUUGUUGACCGUUGGGGGUAUUUAUAGUGGUUUCUCGGCUUGUUAAGUGGACAUUUCUUAGACUUGUUUAAGAAAUAUCUAUUGUUGUUGUUUCAGAAUAAGAACCUAGACAUAGUUGGUCUCUGAUAACCAUAUAUAGUGAUGUGGUUGAGUCAGACUUUUUAUCUUCCUCAUAUUUCUUCAUAACACUUUAAUUAUCU